CAACCUGCCUGAAUUCCUCGUCUCCGGACCGGACCCUAUGCCGCCGCAAGCUUUCGGUCAACCACACAGAGGCUAUCCAGCCACCACUGCAGAGAUACGUGUUAAAGGGAAACUGUGCACUGCCAAACCUGAGCUACCUUUGCUGCUACGUCCUGGACCACAGCUGAAUGGUACACUGAAUACAAAUCUGAAUGGGAGGGAGGGUUCGCUGCGUGCCAUAUGAAGACGUGAAUAAGGACGGAUGAAGUCAUCGCCUGCGCUUCUCGCCCACCACUGCCAAUGCGGUGAUCGAUAUGCUUUCGGCUGCAGAGGCCUCAAUCUUCCAAACGUAUGUUAAUAACUGGGUCAUGGAAUGCACGAUAUCUGUUUGAUAUACCUCUGUUCUCUGGAGGGAUGAGAGGAGGUAGCUCGCCAACAAUGUAUCCAUAAGCUAUAACCCAUUACCUUAUCGCCUACUUUAAGGUGUGCUGAGACUACAAAACAGCAUAGCUCAGAUGGCAUCUGAGUAGAAUACAUGACAACGAGCGAAUACAUCCAAUUAUGUAGUCAGUAGAUUAUUUGUCGCUUGCACACGUGAGAUGCAGAUGCAACGCUGGCUGUCACGCGCGCUGUAUAGGCUCUCUGAAAUCAACGUGGGUUGAAUUCUGGACAACAUGUGCUCAUUUUGGAAAUUCAACAAAGUGCGGAAUAAAACGCCAUGAAAAACAGACUUUUGUGAUAAUUUGGACUGUGUUCUAAUUCAUGGAGCAGCGGUUUGUUGACUUCAAAGGAAUGGAUAAGUUUCUGCAAAUCGCCCCGCAUUCGCUGGCCAUAGUGCUGUCGCGAGUCGGCGCCGAGGACACACCAGCGGUUACGGAGAAGCUCCAGCAUCACCACACCGGCUAUGAGAUUUUCGCGGACUUCAAAGCUGAAAACAUGCAGCACUUCUGGAACAAGAAAGUCACCGAUGCCAUAUCGGAGACGUUUUUCCUCGGCUGGAUAGACGAGCAUGUGCUCCUCAUCCAAGGCAAGGAGGAUCACCUGGAGGUCCUGCGGGAAGGAUGGACCCGGAGAGCUCUCAAGCCGCCCCGUGGCUUCGAGAUCAAGUGCAUAGGUGAUGUGUCUCCCAUCAGCAUGUCACCUAUCAGCCAGUCCCAGUUCAUCCCGCUGGGGGAGAUCCUGUGCCUGGCCGUCUCAGCCAUGAACUCGGCCCGCAAGCCUGUCACUCAGGAUGCGCUCAUGGAACAUCUCGCCACCUGCUUUCCAGGGGUACCAACACCGAGCCCGGAGAUUCUGCGGCACACUCUGAACAUGUUGGUGCGCGAGAGGAAGAUCUACCCCACGCCAGAGGGCUACUUCAUCGUGACGCCACAGACCUACUUCAUUACGCCCUCACUGAUCCGCAGCAACAGCAAGUGGUACCACCUGGACGAGCGAGCACCUGAGCGGGAACGGCAGCAGCAGCAGCAGCGAGAGCAGCAGCAGCAGCAGCAGCCGCAGUCGCUUCCUCCAGGGCAGCAGUGCACGUCUCCGCAGUCCGGGACAGUAACACCGUCGGCCUCGGCCUGCGUGCGGGAACGCGAGCGCCCCCAGCCGCACCACAAGAGCCACGGCGGCGGCGAGACGUACAACUCGUACCGGGACGAGCUGUCUGGCGGCCACCACUCGUCCUCCACGCUGCCCAGGAAGUCGCCCAAGGAGCCCAAGGGAGAUCCCCCGUCCUACCCUCAGCCCCCGCCCCCUCCCCUCACCGCCCAGCAGCACCUGCCGCCGCCAGAGCCCACCACGGACAAGACCAAGAGCACAGCGGCCUUCUCCUACAAGACGGACACGCUCACCAAGAAGAAGGAGGGCAGCAGCAGCAUCAGUCCAGGCGGUACGGGAGUCGUCGUCGGAGGAGGCAGCACGGAGAGGCAGUCCAAGAGGUUCGGGCUGAAGCUGUUCCGCCUGAGCUUCAAGAAGGACAAGACGAAGCAGCUGUCGACGUUCUCCGCCCAGUUCCCGCCCGAGGAGUGGCCUCUGCGGGACGAGGACACGCCCGCGUUGGCGGCGGCGGCCAUACCCCGCGAGGUGGAGAUGGAGAUCAUCCGGCGCAUCAACCCCGACCUGACGGUGGAGAACGUGGCCCGGCACACGGCCGUCAUGAAGCGGCUGGAGGAGGAGCGGGCGCAGCGCAGCAAGGCGGGCUCCUCGGCCCAGCACAGCGCCCGCAGCCGGCGCAGCCGAGGCCACCGCCGCGCGCCCCACGGCAAGUCCCGCUCGCACAGCAAGACGCGAGCGUCCCGCGGCGACCCGUCCGAGACGUCCAACCUCGACCUGGUGGCGGCGGUGAACGCGGACCGUGACUACCGCUUCUUCAGCCACUCGCUGGUGCGCUCGCCGCGCGAGGGCAUGUACACGGUGGAACGCAGCCGCGGCGGCGGCGCCUACCUGGUGCACAGCAACCCCAACAUUGCCGAGUCGCACUUUCCCGUCACGCCCGAGUGGGACGUCUCGGGAGAGCUGGCCAAGCGGCGGACAGAGAUGCCCUUCCCCGAGCCGUCGCGCGGCACCUCGCAGUCCCGCGUGCACCGCAGCCACAGCCACACGCAGGACCGCAAGUCGCGGAACGAGCGCUCGGACAAGGCCAAGGAACGCUCUCGCUCCAUGGACAACUCCAAAGGUCCGCUGGGCGGGGCGGCGUCACUGGGCACGCCCGAGGACUAUGAGCGCAACGCAGACGAGCGUAGCCGCUACUACACGGACGACGGGACGCUGCGGGCGUCGUCGCAGCAGCAGGGCCCGCACUACUCGCGCAUCAUGUUCUCGGCGGCCAAGUUCAGCUCCGAGAUGUGCGUGCCGGACGUGGGCAAGGUGGGCGGUCUGGACGACUCGCGUCUCUGCAGCCCGCUGGAGAGGAACAAGAGCCGGGACAGCCUGCCCGCCUACGGCGAGCUGAAGGCGCUGUCGCCCAAGCCCCUGACCGACGACUAUUUCCAGUGCAACACGUCCAACGAGACGAUCCUGACCGCGCCGUCGCCGCUGAGCAAGGCCGACCAUGACACGCUCAAGUCGUCCAGCAGCAUCAGGAAAGGCUCGCCGGCCGACAGGCAGACGCCGCACCUGACCUCGCCCCACUCGCUGGAGUACAAGGAGGACUCCUCCUCCAAGGGACACGGCGGCUCGGGGAAGCCCACGCCCAGCCAGACUCCGGAGCCAUUGCCAAACGGACGCUUAAUACCACACCAACACAAUGCCGACCCCGGGGGAGGGGGAGGGGGAGGCGGCGGCGGUGGCAUGGGUGGGUGUGGUAGCGGCCCUGCCAGCCUGAGCAGCCUAGGAAGCAGCCUGGUGGCAGACAAGCGCAAGGAGAUCUUCAGCAAAGACACUUUGUUCAAGCCCCCGCACAACGUGCUGAGCGUGGGCUACUCGGACAGCAGCAGCGGCUGCUACUCCAAGUCGGGCACGCUGCGCAAGGCGCCCCACUCCAAGUCGGCCGAGGUGCUGGACAGCUCGGAGCCCCAGUCGCUGCAGUCCCUGCCCCCCAUGUCCGCCCCGUCGCCAGCCUCCGUGCCCGCGCCCGGAGCAGGCUCGGAGCAGACGGCGGUGCCCUCCGCCUCGGAAGCCGGCUUCGACUACUACAACGUCUCGGACGACGAGGACGAGGAGGAGACGGAGGAGCCCUCCUCGCGCAAGGAGACCAGCUCGGCGGAAGGGAAGGUGCGGGGCGAGGGCGGGCCGGUGGGCAGCAGUGGCGGUGGCGGCGGCGGUGGUGGAGGAGGAGGAGGAGGUGGAGGAGGAGGUGUGUGCGGUCCCGGCAGCGGUGGCACCAUGCAGUGGCUGCUGGAGAGGGAGAAGGAGCGCGACCUGCAGAGGAAGUUCGAGACCAACCUGACGCUGCUCAGCCCCAAGGAGACGGACAACAGCAGCAGCCAGAAGUCGGCCCACUCGGCUCGGCUGGACAGCAUGGACAGCAGCAGUGUCACGGUGGACAGUGGCUUUAACUCCCCACGCACACGCGAGAGCUUGGCCUCCAACACCUCCAGCAUAGUGGAGAGCAACCGGCGCCAGAACCCGGCCCUGAGCCCUGGCCACAUGGGCUCCACCAGCAUCGGGCCGCCCUUCGGCUUCCGCAGCAUCCCGGAGCCGCCCACCACCCAGCCCGAAAAACUGCAGAAGUCCCCCAACUGCCUAGCCUCCAUAACCAGUGUCUGACAGCAGCCCCCUCCUCUCGGAGCGAGGGAGGCGCCGCUGACUCGCAGGAGGAGGUGUAGAAAGUAAGACAUACAGUACGGGUUGGUGGAGGUGUGUGGGCGCACGGGGCGGGCGGUGCAAUGGACAGGGGCAUGGAUGGACAGACAAGGGGUGUGCUGCAAAGUCACCCACCGACAACUCUCCAACUACACUUGGGACUGUUAGACCCCACAGGCAUGGCUUCCACAGACUGUUCCCACAGUACACUGCAAAAAAAGUACAAAAAAGACAUCAAAAGAUACAAAUUAUGAAAAAUAAAAUGACAAUGAAAAUAAAUGACAAAAGAAAGGGGAAACACACUUUAGAAAUGACCUUAGGUUAACAAACGUAUCAAUCAGGAAAUUCUCCAGUCUGUAUUACCUAUUGUGAAACGUUUCUAACUCUUACUCCAGGAUUGUUACUCUCUGGAAAUAAGUUGAGGAUGUUUCUGAAGGAAAAGGCUGGCAUCAAUAAUCGUACAUGUUGUUGUUCUUAAAUUGUUACAAUGGGUAUCCAUCAUGGAAACGAGUGGUGGAGUCUGGUUUAGAGAUGCACCGGAUCCAAGAUCCGGUUCCGGAUCCGGCAGGAUAAUAGGGUUUUUCACAGGAUCCGGAUCCGGUUCCAGGAUCCAGGAUCCGGUAGCCGAGGCUUUUCAGUCAAAAUAGUUUGAGCCAACGUGAUAAAAAGGGCCCACGUGUGUGAGUAGGCUAUGUGUUUCAACCCUUUCGUAGGAUCCGGUAUCCGGUUCCGGAUCCGGCAGGAUCUUA